UCAUGUGCUGUUAUGUUCCUCUUUUGUUGCCUAUAAAUUCUCAACACACCCUUCGUCUCUUUCGCGCACACCCUCUUCACUACUAUUUUUUUACUCCUCUCGCUUUCUUCUUGCACUUUAACGGAAGGCAAAAAGUGGGAAACAAAAGAAGGCAAUAGUAAUUUUGCCUUGAAAAGUGAUGGCAAAGGAGCAAAUUCAGGUGCUUAAUGCACUUGAUGUGGCAAAAACACAAUGGUACCAUUUCACUGCAAUCAUCAUAGCUGGGAUGGGCUUCUUCACGGAUGCAUAUGAUCUGUUUUGUGUAUCACUUGUUACCAAGUUGCUCGGUCGCAUAUAUUACCACGUUGAUGGUGCAGCGAAGCCAGGUACACUGCCUCCCAAUGUAGCAGCCGCUGUAAAUGGUGUGGCUUUUUGUGGAACACUUUCUGGACAACUUUUCUUUGGAUGGCUUGGUGAUAAGUUAGGUAGGAAAAAAGUCUAUGGAAUGACCCUCAUGAUGAUGGUAAUUUGCUCCAUUGGUUCUGGCCUUUCUUUUGGACACAGUCCAAAAUCUGUCAUGGCAACUCUUUGCUUCUUCCGCUUCUGGCUUGGUUUUGGUAUUGGUGGAGACUACCCACUUUCGGCUACCAUAAUGUCAGAGUAUUCUAAUAAGAAGACUCGAGGUGCCUUCAUUGCUGCUGUCUUUGCCAUGCAGGGUUUUGGAAUCUUGGGAGGUGGUGUAUUUGCAAUCAUAGUCUCAAUUGCAUUCAAGGCCAAGUUUGAUUCUCCUCCCUAUGAGGUGGAUCCAGUUGGUUCAACUGUUCCACAAGCAGAUUACAUUUGGAGGAUAAUUGUGAUGGUAGGAGCACUCCCAGCUGCAUUGACUUACUACUGGCGGAUGAAGAUGCCCGAAACUGCUCGUUACACCGCUCUAGUUGCUAAGAACACGGCACAGGCUGCAGCAGAUAUGUCUAAGGUUCUGCAAGUCGAGAUCCAAGCUGAACCAAAGACAAAUGAGCAGAAAAAGUCUUAUGGUUUAUUCUCAAAGGAAUUCCUCAGUCGCCAUGGAUUACAUUUACUUGGUACAGCAAGUACUUGGUUCUUGCUCGAUAUUGCAUUCUAUAGCCAAAAUUUAUUCCAGAAGGAUAUUUUUAGCGCAGUUGGUUGGAUACCUCCUGCACAAACAAUGAAUGCACUUGAGGAGGUUUACAGAAUCGCAAGAGCUCAAACACUUAUUGCUCUAUGCAGUACUGUUCCAGGCUACUGGUUUACAGUGGCACUCAUUGAUAGGAUAGGAAGAUUUGCAAUUCAAUUGAUGGGAUUCUUCUUUAUGACUGUCUUCAUGUUUGCUCUUGCCAUUCCUUAUGAACAUUGGACUCAUAAGGAUAACCGUAUAGGAUUUGUUGCAUUGUAUUCAUUGACCUUCUUCUUUGCAAAUUUUGGGCCAAAUGCUACCACGUUUGUUGUGCCCGCAGAGAUUUUUCCUGCUAGAUUUCGAUCUACUUGUCAUGGAAUAUCAUCAGCAGCAGGGAAACUCGGGGCUAUAGUUGGUGCAUUUGGGUUCUUGUAUUUGGCACAAAACAAGGACAAGAGUAAAGCUGAUGCAGGGUACCCAGCCGGCAUUGGGGUGAAGAAUUCUUUGCUUCUGUUGGGUGUGGUUAAUAUUUUGGGCUUCUGUUUUACUUUCUUGGUGCCUGAGGCAAAUGGAAAAUCUUUGGAGGAGAUGUCAGGUGAGAAUGAGGAGGAAGCUGGAACCGCUGUAGAGUUAGAGCAAUCCCAUUCUUAUAACAACAGAACUGUUCCUGAGGUUUAGGUUGAGUUUAUUUAUUUUGUUAUUGUUGUCAUAAAGCUGUAUUUUUGAAUUUGCUAGGGAAGCACGAAAGCUGUAUUUUUCAAUUUAUGUAUGAGGAACUCAGGAUCCAUUAGUUCUGCAAAUAUUAGUAGAUAUGGUGUUACAAUUGAUGUGUGUAACUAUUGGCUUGUAUGGUAGUUUCAAUUUAAAUUUCCAUAACCUGUUUCACCCAACAAA